AUGGGACUGGAGAUUGCCGGGCAACCUGAGCCUCAGCUGCUGGCCAGCAGCGAGGAUGAUGUUGCUACUAUCAAGCAGGGCAUGCUAAAGGAGACGAGCCAGAACAUCUCCAUAUGCGACUCAUACAUUCCGGAGAUUGAAAACUUUCUUCAGGCUGUCGAGUCAAAAGUCAAGAACCCGCGAGUUACUGGUCUUCCUAGUUUUAUUCGUAAACUGCGAAAAGAAUAUGACAUCUUAAAGCGGGUAGAGUCUGAGCUCGUUGCUGAAGAACAGGAUGAAGUUGGACUUGGUCUAUUAAAUAGGAAAUUGGUAGCCAGUUCUACUAUCAUCAACCACGGGGCAGUUCAUUGGGAUAUCCUUAAACGCUGCCGCUCGUUUCGCAUCGUCAACCAGGCGUUUCAGGGGUCGGCUAAAGAGGAUCGCAAGAAGCAAGUUUCACGAAUCGUUGGAGAUGGAAGAGAAAAACAGCAGUUGAAUCGGACAUUGAAAGAGCAGGCCAAGGUGGAAGUUGACGUGGUCGAAGGAGGAAGCGAGUGGCUUGAUAUUCGAUGGCUUCAGGCGGAUAGGCUGGCUCGACAAAUGACAGACUGCGGCUGGGGAUGGGGCGACUAUCAGCUGGGGGAUACCGUCGACCCUGAGGAAUGGGAGGAUACGCCUCUUGCCAAGCAAAUAAAGCGACUGGUUGCGGCGGCCAAGAUGAACCGGCACGAGUAUCGCAUUCCCCGCCUACGAAUCGUCUUUCCCAACAUCACCAAGGGGGAGAAUGAAGAUAUCGAUGUGCUGUUGGAUCAGAUAUACCGCCUCGACCCCUUGGUUGAAAUUGCCAUCGAGGAUAGCAGCAGCCUCUUCAUGGAGACACCGUCUCCACCUCUCGAAGAUGCCAUAAGAAAUCUUAUAGGGGACGAGUUUGACGGUCUAACAAACGUCCUAAAUAUGGACCACACCAUCCUCGUCGACCUCAUCUCCGACAUCACCCAUUUUCAACUCCAACCGCAGCCAUGGCAAGCUCAAACCACACAGCUGCAAAUUGAAGAAGAAAGAAAGCAAGGCGGCGUCAUGGUGCGCGCCCUGUAUCCAAUCUUACAAGGCCGCACCCUCGUCUGCACGCAAGAGGCAGCCGAACAUUUCCACGAAGUGCUCAGCACAGUCGGAACAGCCACAGAAAGGGAGCGAGGGAGACUCUUGGUGCCAUAUGACGAUGAGGCUCGCAGCAUGUCAACCGAGGACAUCCGCAGACGCUUUCGAGAACUCUCUACCCACCUUCUUCCCCACAACGUCCAAGUUCCUAUACGAAUUCUCGAUGAGACAUGGACCAUGGCCACCGUUACCCAAGCCGUGGCGGAUGGACGUCUCCCAAAGGUCGCUCUUGAUGUCGCUCAGUGCGGUGCGUUUAAGAGCUCCAAGUUGAGCAUCUACAUGUACGGCUGGGCAACGGGCAACGUCACCAUCACAUCAAAUAAAGAAGUCCGGGGCCAGAUCCGUACGUGGGUCGAGGCAAACAGGCGGGAUGACCAGGAACGCGGCCCGACCAUCUGGCGUAUUGACGUUACGAGGAAUUUGCUGGCCAAGAGCGCCACUCCGCCAUCGACACUGAAGGCGGAGAACAGCUCGGACGGAAGCACGAUGACACGACAGAGAUGA